CUCCUUCUUGUAAGCAUGAGGUCCAUGGUACCUUUUUUGGUGUUGGAUAGCAAAAGUUAUUUCUGAAACAAGAUUCUAAAGGGGUGGCAGGACAGAGUUCAGAAGGAACUUUGUAACAUGUUUGGAGUGUUCUUUAGCUGGCUUCCUCUAAAGUUAGACGUUAAGAAAUGGCUAAUACUUCUCCUGUUGUUAAAACUCAGUUCCCAAUCCACAGAACCUGAUGUGGAAGGUGAAGCUUUGACUGAUUUACUAGUGGCACUCAAUGAUUCCGCUGGUCGGAUAACAGAUUGGAACUUUAAUUUUGUCAGCCCUUGCUUUAGUUGGUCCCACAUCACUUGUAGAGAUGGAAAAGUCAUCUCCCUGAGCUUGGCUUCACUUGGACUUUCUGGAACCCUUUCACCAGCAAUUACUAUACUCAAAUUUUUGACUAGCCUGGACAUUCAGAAUAAUAGUCUAAGAGGGGCUUUACCAGAUUAUCUUGCCAACAUGACUCGACUACAGAAUUUGAAUCUGGCGAACAAUGAUUUUAGUGGCUCUGUACCCUCCACUUGGGGUGAACUUUCCGGUUUAAAGCAUUUGGAUCUUUCUUCUAAUGACUUGAGUGGAAGCAUCCCAUUGCAACUCUACUCAGUUCCAAAUUUCAAUUUUUCAGGGACACGUCUUUCUUGUGGCUCUAGCUUGGAGCAACCUUGUGUUUCUAACUCUCAUCCUCAAGUUUCAACCAACAAGGGAAAACUUGAAGCAAUUAUAACUUCUGCAAGUUGUGCUGCAUUAGUACUGCUACUUGUUGUGGCUGUCUUUGCAUACCGUUACCAUCGUCACUUGAGAAAGCUCAAACAAGAUGUGUUUGUUGAUGUCACAGGUGAAGAUGACUACAAAAUCUCCCUUGGCCAGCUGAGAAGAUUUUCACUGCGGGAAAUUCAGCUUGCUACUGACAACUUUAGUGAGAGCAACAUAAUAGGGCAGGGAGGGUUUGGGAGAGUGUAUAGAGGAGUCCUCUUGGACAACACAAAGGUUGCAGUGAAACGCCUUGUAGAUUAUUAUAGUCCUGGUGGGGAGGCAGCAUUCCUCAGAGAAGUCCAGCUCAUUAGUGUUGCAGUCCACAGGAAUCUGCUGCGUUUGAUUGGGUUUUGCACAACCUCAUCUGAGAGAAUCCUUGUCUAUCCUUUCAUGCCAAAUCUUAGCGUUGCAUACCGCUUGAGAGAUUUGAAACCAGGAGAGAAAGGGUUGGACUGGCCAACAAGGAAACGAAUUGCAUUUGGUACAGCACAUGGCUUGGAAUAUUUGCAUGAACACUGCAACCCUAAGAUCAUACAUCGUGAUUUGAAGGCUGCAAACAUCCUGCUUGAUGAUGAUUUUGAAGCUGUUCUUGGAGACUUUGGGCUGGCAAAGCUGGUUGACACCAAAAUGACUCACGUCACCACGCAAGUCCGAGGUACAAUGGGUCACAUCGCCCCCGAAUAUUUGUCCACUGGAAAAUCUUCCGAGAAGACGGAUGUUUUUGGUUAUGGAAUAACACUUCUUGAACUUGUCACCGGACAACGUGCAAUAGAUUUCUCGCGACUUGAAGAAGAGGAGGAUGUUCUUCUGCUUGAUCAUAUAAAGAAGUUGCAGAGGGAGAAUAGGCUGCAAGACAUUGUGGAUGGAAACUUGAAGAGUUAUGAGCCCAACGAAGUGGAGACAAUCAUUCAGGUGGCUCUACUCUGCACCCAAUCAUUGCCAGAGGACCGUCCAACGAUGGCGGAAGUCGUGAAAAUGCUGCAGGGAGUAGGACUUGCAGAGAGGUGGGCUGAGUGGGAGCAGCUUGAAGAAGUAAGGAAUAGAGAAUUCUCACUCUUUUCUCACCAGUUUCGUUGGGCAUAUGACACCACACAUGACCAAGAAGCUAUACAGUUGUCUACAGCAAGAUAAUAGGCUUUCUUUUGCAUCAUGUGUCAAUUUUGAGAGUAACUUUACUGAAUCAGAUAUCAACUUCAGAUCAACCAUAAAGUCUGUAUAUAAGUCAAUAUAACUUUUUUUUUUUAAUUUUUUUUUUAAACAUGGGGGGCAACAUGUUUUUCUUUGUGAGAAACUGCUGGUGGUUAAGUACCUGUCUGUAAGAUGAUUGCAUUCUAAGGAUGUUAUAA